CGCCACUAAUUUACGUUAGAUCAACAAACAUAACAGAGAAGUGAACAGUACUUGUGUAUCAAAGAAUUUCUUCGUUAACCUUCUGAGUCUUUGGUGAAAAUAUUUAUCAGAGGAGAUAUUAAUAAAGCCAGAUUACAUUCUAAGGAAUUUAUUUGUCUUUAUUUUUCAAAGCGAUUAUAUUUUUCAAUCGCAAAAGACGAUUUUCUCGGACCAUGUUUUAAACAAGCUGGGGUUCGUCCCCGUUCCUAAAUAAACCGUAUUUAGUUAAAAUCGGUCGGGCAACUGUUUCAACAAAACUGAUACACAAUCUGCUUAAAAACUUUCAGCAAUGGAAUCCGCAUUAACGUCACCAGUUGUGAAAUCCUUCAUGUGUGGAAUGUUCAGUGGAACAUGUUCAACACUACUGUUCCAGCCAUUAGACCUGGUCAAAACCCGUUUACAAGUUUCAGUAAAUGUUGGAGGACGAGUAGGAAUGGUCACCAUCUUUUGCAAUGUUGUACAAAAAGACACUAUGAGAGGUUUAUGGAAAGGUCUUGUUCCUUCCAUCUCAAGAGGAGUCCCUGGCAUUGCCAUCUACUUUUCUGGAAUUACAGCCUUAAAAGGAAAAUUUGAAGAAAAGGGAAAGAAACCCAACCCUUUGAAAUCAGUUUUGAUUGGAGCAGUUGCCAGGGCCACCUCAGGAAUAACAGUUAUGCCUUUUACAGUGUUGAAGACCAGAUUUGAGAGUGGAAAAUUUAAUUACAGCAGUAUGUUUGGUGCUCUUAACAAUAUUAUUAAAACAGAAGGUGUUAAAACUCUGUUUUCUGGUCUGUCUCCAACACUGGCAAGGGAUGUGCCCUUUUCUGGGCUCUACUUCAUGUUUUACUCUCAACUAAAGAGUUCAAUUAGUGGAAAUAUUAAAAAUGAGAAAUUACUUCCUGCCUAUCACUUCAUGUCUGGGGUUGCAGCUGGGAUGAUGGCAUCAAUGAUCACACAACCUGCUGAUGUUGUUAAAACUCAUAUGCAACUAGAGCCACUCAAAUACAAGAAGCUAAAACAGACAAUCCAAAUUAUUUAUCAGAAGGAUGGAUUUAAUGGUUUCUUACGUGGAAUUGUUCCAAGAGCUUUAAGAAGAACUCUUAUGGCAGCAAUGGCGUGGACAAUUUAUGAAGAGGUUUCAAAGACAUGUGGAUUGAAAUAAGAAAGAAGGCUAGAGAAUAUGGAAGUCCAGUUCAUACAGGAACUGCAUCAACUCAGGGAACUGCUGCUAUCUGGUUUAUGAAUGAGGAGUAUUUUAAAGACAGACAUGUUCAUUUUAACUAGUGCCAAUUGUUGCUACUGAGCAUUUUUGACUGUGAAAAUGUAGUGGAAUUUGUUGUAAAUCUGUCUGGGGAUUUAAUAAAAAUUUCUUUCUAUAAAGGUUGCAGCAUUUUUGCUUCCUUUUAAUAUUUUAUAUUUCAUGCUGUCCUCUUGGUAUAAACAAAUAUUGUUUAUAUGCAAAUUAUACAGUGGUAUGAUGUAUUUAUUUGAACAAUUGAUAUGAAGGCUAUGAGAGACAUUAAGAAAUAGUUGUGCACCAUAUGCCCAGUCAUGACAUGUAUUGUAAGCUAAAAUUUGAAUGCAUGGUUCAACUGGAUCAUGCUUAUAUAAAACUCUAAUGAUGGAGAGUGGUUUUUAGAGAAAAUGAUUGAAAAUAUUGUACAAUAGUGUGUCAAAUUUUAAUAUUUGUCAGAUUUGUAAAGUUGAUAGUUAUUGUUAAUACUUGUAUGUUUAAUUACAUGUAAGAUAUGUCAUAUUGCUCAUUUCAAUGAAAUGUUUAUUUAUUUAUGCAACUACUUUUCAUUUGAUAAUCAUUGAUCAACAGAAAACCAGAGAUCUUUCAGUUGAAUAAAAAUAUUUUAUACA